GGCACCUGGCAGAGCACCGCGGGUACCCGAGCCCGCACUCUCGGUCGCCACCUGCGCCGGCGCAGGGUGGGCUCCAGGCGCUCCAUGCUGCCAGCCCUGGGGCUGCUCAGACGGCCCAGCGGCUCUUGCCAUGGCGGCGGAAGAGGAGGAUGCAGCGAGAGGUAAAGUGUUGAUAGAAGACAACCAGUUCAUUGCUCCCAUGGUGUCCAGUCACAUGAGCCCAUGGACAAAACCAGCAGCCCCCGGAUCGUUCAGCCCACACGUGACAGAGUUCCCCAGGAAACGAAAAGGCAGUGAUUCAGAUCCUUCCCAAGAAGCUCACAGCCAAACCGAAAAGCGGAGGAGAGACAGGAUGAAUAACCUGAUUGAAGAGCUGUCUGCAAUGGUCCCUCAGUGCAAGCCCAUGGCACGGAAACUGGACAAACUCACAGUUUUAAGGAUGGCCGUUCAACACUUGAAGGCUUUAAAAGGUAUUACAAAUUCUUAUACAGGAGAUAUUUAUCGACCUUCAUUUAUUCAGGAUAAUGAGCUCAGACACUUAAUCCUUAAGGCUGCAGAAGGCUUCCUGUUUGUGGUUGGAUGUGAAAGAGGAAAAAUUUUCUUCGUUUCUAAGUCAGUCUCCAAAAUACUUAAUUAUGAUCAGGCUAGUUUGACUGGACAAAGCUUUUUUGACUUCCUACAUCCAAAAGAUGUUGCCAAAGUAAAGGAACAGCUGUCUUCCUCUGAUAUUUCACCGAGAGAGAAGCUAAUAGAUGCCAAAAAUCACAGAAAAUUCUGUACUAUCCACUGUACUGGAUACUUGAGAAGCUGGCCCCCAAAUAUUGUUGGAAUGGAAGAAGAAAGGGACAAUAAGAAAGACAGUAAUUUCACCUGCCUUGUUGCCAUUGGGAGAUUAUAUCCACAUAUUGUCCCACAGAACAGUGGGGAGAUUAAAGUGAAACCAACUGAAUUUAUAACCCGUUUUGCAGUGAAUGGAAAAUUUGUCUACGUGGACCAAAGGGCAACAGCAAUUUUAGGAUAUUUGCCUCAGGAACUUUUGGGAACUUCAUGUUAUGAAUAUUUUCAUCAAGAUGACCAUAGUAAUUUGACAGACAAGCACAAAGCAGUUUUACAGAGUAAAGAGAAAAUAUUUACAGAUUCAUACAAAUUCAGAGUGAAAGAUGGCUCUUUUAUAACUUUAAAAAGCCAAUGGUUUAGUUUCACAAAUCCUUGGACCAAAGAACUGGAAUAUAUUGUGUCCGUCAACACUUUAGUUUUGGGACACAACGAGACUGAAGCAGCAGCAGCAUCGCUUCCUUGCAGCUCUCAGUCAUUUGAAGAAUCCUCUAGAAAGUCUUGUAUUAGUGUGCCUGGAAUGUGUACUGGAACAGUACUUGGUGCUGGUAGUAUCGGAACAGAUAUUGCAAAUGAAGUUCUGGACUUACAAAGGUUACAGUCUUCUUCAUCCUUUGGUGAUUCAAGUCCAACAGAUUUAAUGAAAGAUAUUCACACUAUAAACUGCAGGAAUAUGUCAGCUAAGGAGUUGAUUCCGCUAAGUCCUUCGGAAACGGGGGAGCUAGAAGCUGCAAGGCAAAACCACAGCGCUGCUGCCCCCCCCAGUCAAGAACCACUUCUAGGUGAUGGGGCCCAGCUGGAUUUUGAUGCCUUGUGUGACAAUGACGACACAGCCAUAGCUGCCUUCAUGAAUUACUUAGAAGCAGAGGGGGGCCUGGGGGACCCUGAGGACUUCAGUGACAUCCGCUGGACACUAUAGCAUUUGAUUUUUAACUCCAAAUAUGGGAACGGUUUUAUAGCAUUUCCUUUACAAAAGCAAAACAAAACAAACAAAAACCCCUGUAUAUUCUUGUGUACCAUAUGGAUACUGUUUUUAUCCUUUAUUCUUAUUAAGGGUGUACCAAUUUUCAUAGACUUGCACCCACUUUCACAGAGGCCUGGGGAAAUGUGACAUUUUCCUUCAAACAGAACUGCUCAGAGUUGCCUACUGACCCCUUUAUUCAGUGAACUGGCUUUAAACACACUAGCUGCUAUUUUUUGCUAAAAUAUUUCUAACCAAGACUCUCACAUCUUGUUUUUUAAUUUUUUGAUGCAGUUUUUUUUAUUUUGGGGAAUUUAAUAUGUUGGCAUUUUCCUUGUGUCUAAGAUUCAUUUAUAAUUGACUUAUAAUAGUAGAUUUGUAUAAUUUGAAACAUUUCCAUUUCUUGUGUAUUUCCUCAUAGGCACAAUGAAAUUUAUAGUCAUGAUUACAAUGAAUACUGUAUUUGGUCUUUGUAAACUUGGGCAAGCAGAAAGCCAGGAUGUUUAUACCCAGUUGAGCACUUUGGGAUGGAUUUUAAAUGAGAUGAUUUUUAUUUAAAACUCAGAAAAAGAAAAGUUGAGACACUUUCAACUUUGCUUACAGAAAAGGAAAGAUUUUGGGCCCUAGAUGUUAGUGAUUAACUGUCACAUAUAUAAAAUUUACUCUUAAUAUACCACUCAAGAUUUUCUUUACAGAGAAAACAGUUUUUUGAUGCUGAAAUGGUUAUGUAGUAACUGAUAAUCUUAGAGGGAGAAACAGGCCCCGGGCAGAUUAAAUGUUUUGUGUAAAGACACAAUUGAAUUCAUAUUUUUUUAUUGUUUAAUGUGUCUAAACCAGUUUUUUUCUACA